AUAACCACCACCACCACUACCAUCACUAUCACCACCAUCCAUCCACCUAUCACCACCACCACAUCACCGAGCAUCGCUAAUCUUUAUCCAUCACCUACCACCACCACCACCACCACCGCCACUUCGCCCAGGAUCUCGGAUCUUUACCCGUCAUUCACCACGACCACUCUAAGUACUUGGAACUCUGUCACCACCACCAUGGACUCGAACUCAUCUUCGUCGUCUUCCGGCUCCGGCACGCUCAUCUUGAUCGCCGGCCUGCUGCGAGAGCCGGCCGGCACGCGGCCGCUCGUCUUCACCGUCGUCCUCCUCCUCUACGCGGUGGCGCUCGUCGGCAACCUGCUGCUGUGCGCAGCCAUCUACCGCGACCCGCGCCUCCACAGGCCCAUGUUCAUCCUGCUCGCAAACCUGGCCAUCAGCGACGUCGUCGGCUGCUCCGCCACGCUGCCGCGCAUCAUGCGCGACCUGGCGGCGCCCAACUUCAUCACGGUGGGCGAGUGCGUCGCGCAGAUGCUCGCCAUCCAGUUCUACCGCGCGCUCGAGUGCUACGUGCUCACGGCGAUGGCGCUCGACCGCUACGCGGCCAUCUGCAGGCCGCUGCGCUACCACGCGGUCGUGACGAACGGGCGUGUGGCCACGGCCAACGCGGCCACAGUGGUCGUGUCGGCGCUGCUUGUCUCGGUGCUGCUCAUCCUCACAUCGAGGCUCAACUUCUACAACUGCGACAGGCCCAAGGCCGUGUACGCGGCGCAGUGCGACAACGUGCAGGUGAGCGGAGGGGUCCGCGUGAGUGUGUGCCCAAAAGGAAACAAUGCUUUCCACUGGCACAUCCGAGCCGAGCCAGCAUCAAGCCGAAAUGAUGGAGAGUCUUCGAGAGUGGAAGUGGCAAGCGCGGCACACGGUAACACGUUCCCACUUCCGCCCGCCCCGGCGCAGCUUCUCAACUUCGCAUGCAGCGACGGCACGGCCAACAACGUGUACGGCCUGGUGCUCACCACCUGCACUGUGGGCCUGUCGCUGGCCGUCGUCUCGUUCUCCUACGCGAGCAUCAUCUACGAGUGCCGCUUCCGGGGAACGCGCAGGGACACGGCAGCCAGCAAGGGCCACCAGAAGGCCAUGCAGACGUGCGUCACCCACGUGCUCGUGCUCGCCGUCUUCUACCUGCCCGUCCUCUUCCUGGUCACCUACAAUCGCGUGGACAAGUUACUGCCCAUCCCGGACGCCGCUCGCCAGCUACUCGGAGGGCUCUUCUACAUCGCCCCGCCGGCGCUCAACCCCAUCAUCUACGGGGUGCGGACAGGAGAGAUCCGCAAGGCCAUGCUCAGGAUCCUGCUCUGCAAGUUCGGACGCGACUCCGUGACGCCCGGCGACGAAGGGCACUAGCGGUGCCAGUGAUCCGGCACGGUUCGGGUGGUUUAUUUUUCUUCCCUCCCCCCACCACCCCCACCCCCCCCUUACUGUCACAUCCGAGCCGAGCCAGCGCAGUAUGGGUGUUUUUUUUUUCCACUGGCAUACCCGAGCCGAGUCAGCAACGUUCGGGUGUUUGUUUUUUUUUGUUU